GAAGCUCGUAGACGUGGUGAAAAAGGUGAAAUGGUGCCAGAAAAACUAAUUAGCACAGAUGUACAAUCCGAUACCAAUAAUCAACAAACCACGGAAAUGGAUAUUAUAUCAUUAGGAUCUGGUACCAUAUUAG